AUGAAGAAAACAAGGAAGAUUUGUCAUGAUCUUGGCGGAGAUCGUUUAUCUGAAGAGCUGAUUCUUGAGAUUCUAUACCGUUUACCAUUAAAAAACGCAGCCCAAUUCAGGUCCGUAAACAGGGGAUUCAACGAAGCCAUACUCGAUCCAAGGUUUGUGGAACAACAUCUCAUCAGAUCAAGGGAGAAAUUCAUCAUCCUCCAUUACUCUGCUCCCUAUUUGAACAUCAUCGGCAAACUAACACUUUGCUCCGAGGACAACUACAUUGAUCUAGGAUUCAAGGAAGAAUCUUUGGUGCUGUCUUCUUCCUCCUCUGACGGCCGACUUUUGAUUCUAUCCCGUGAUUUUGAUUACCCGUUUGUUGUUUUCAACCCUUUGCUCGGCGCGUAUCGAAUUAUGCCGCGGCCAAACAUCGACCCUGAAGCGAAUAUCUUGUUUGUCGGGUUAAUCGAUGGAAUCAGCGAUAUCAAAUUAGUAGCCGCUAUUCGGGAUAAAGGGUUGUUAAAAUUCUUGAUUUUUGAAUCAGGAAACAAUGGGUGGCACAAAGUCUACACUGGGAAAAUCAUUAACACCGAUUUGUUCAACAUCGUGAACAACUCGCAAUUUGUUUGCUUUAACGACUGUAUGAAUUGGCUGAUGACCAACGGAGAUAUAUUAGUGUUUGGGUUAAGUCUUCAACGACCUCGAAUUAUUCAAAAGCCUGAUGUUCCUGAUCAGCCUGUUGAUCCAGAUGUUCGACAAAGGUUGAGUUUAUACGGUAUGGAAACGGUUUGGUUUGGUACAGCUCAAGGUUAUCUUGCUUAUGUGGUACCUAAAAAGGAAGACAUUUUGGUGUAUGGUUAUCACUAUGAGAAGGAAAUCUGGGAGGUGAAGAACAGAAUUCGGAAAAAUUUCGGGGACGGGGAGGUUAGCAGCAGAGGAAUGCCAGCCUUUUGGGAUGGUAAGAUGUUGAUAUUCUUGGCCGGGAAUCAGUUUAAAGAGAUUUACAAAUAUGAAGUUCAGGGGAAGACAUGGCAGAGACUUGGAGCAUUGCAGAGUUGGACAGAUUGUAUCAGAUGUUUCCAUCCAUUUGUUCCGAGUUUCUCCGGCGCAGUUCCGGGUUGCAAAUAUCUCCCUGAUGUUCAUGAGAUUGAUGGAGUUGAAGUUGAAUUAAUUGAAGUUGAAGGUGAGAAUACUUUUCAACAACUUGAAGAUCGGGUUUGGGAAUAUCUUCAUGAUGUUCGUGAGAUAGAUGAGGCUGAAGGUGAUCGUCGGAGGAUUAUUCAACAACUUGCUGCGUUACAAUUACUUUUAACUACCAAUACACCACAACCUCUUUGCAAAACUGAUAUUAUACUCCAGUGA